AUGAUUCCGUUCCAGUGGGCAUCUGAUCCAGAAGCCCUUCAUGAACACGAUCGCCGCGUGGUUCGGCUGGGUGUAAUGCCCGGUAUCCAGCUGAUUGCUUCGGCACGUGGUCGUAUCUGCACCUCAGACUCCUUUCUUCGCACCGCCGGCAAGGCGUCCCAAGUGAACACCUCGCUUUACUGGUCCGACACGGAACGCAAGACCUCUUUCGACUGGGUGCCCUAG